GUUUAUCUGUUUUCAACUACUAGGAGUGGAGGACACCGUCGGUUCCGCUCAUCAAAAAUGACUCGCCACACGUAAUCGCCGCAUGCUAAUGCCUUCGUCUAAGUGGACACCUGGGGAUUUGGACCAAAAUAUUGCACUGACCCUGCCAAAAGAGCGAUCAUAAUGCCUCAGUGCGCUUGUCCGGAGCCGCUGUCAGCUGUCCAGCUCAAGCGCCUGGAGGAACACAAGUACAGCGCGGCCGGUCGCUCUCUCUUCGAGCCGCCCUGCCAGAUAUACUGGAACUGGCUGGUCCAGCAGAUCCCGACGUGGGUCGCGCCAAACACGCUGACCAUCACUGGACUCCUUAUUAACAUAUUAACGACGGUCAUUCUCGUCUAUUACAGUCCCACGGCCACGGAGGAGGCUCCAGGUUGGGCCUUCUUUCUCAGCGCCUUAGGUCUCUUCAUCUACCAAUCACUGGACGCCAUUGAUGGAAAACAGGCCAGACGGACCAAUAGCAGCUCGGCUCUUGGGGAGCUCUUUGACCAUGGCUGCGACGCCGUUUCUACAGUUUUUGUUGCCGUGGGAACAUGUAUAUCCUGUGGGAUCGGCACUUAUCCUAACUGGAUGUUUUUUUGCGGCUUCGUGGGCAUGUUCAUGUUUUUCUGUGCACACUGGCAGACAUACGUGUCCGGGACACUCCGCUUCGGAUUGGUUGACGUGACAGAAGUCCAGAUUGCUAUUACAAUCAUGUAUCUGAUGACAGCAUUUGGAGGAGUGAGUCUUUGGGAGACUAGGGUGCCUGUUCUUGGUGUGAAUUUGCAAACCUUUCCCAUUAUCGGUAUUAUCGGUGGGUUUCUGUAUUCAACCUAUAACUACUUCUAUGUCAUCCUGAACGGUGGCGUGGGCAAGAAUGGCUCAACUGUUGCAGACACCAGUGUAUUGUCUCCUGGUCUACACAUCGGCCUCGUCCUCUCUCUGGCCUUCAUCAUCUUUAAAAAGUCCUCCAGUCAGCUUUUUGAGCACCAUCCUUGCCUUUACAUCCUUACAUUUGGCAUGGUGAUCGCCAAGAUCGCGAAUAAGCUGGUGGUGGCCCACAUGACCAAGAGUGAGCUUCAUCUUCAAGACACAGCCUUCAUUGGUCCUGGACUCCUUUUUCUAAAUCAGUAUUUCAACAGCUUCAUUGAUGAACACAUCGUGCUUUGGAUCGCCAUGGUGCUGUCCCUGGUGGAUCUGCUGCGUUACUGCACAGGCCUGUGUCUGCAAAUCGCCUCCCACCUGCGAAUCCGGGUUUUCAGCAUCACCCCACAGGGCCACGCACACAGAGACUGACAAUUUGCCCGGCGGGAGGAGGAAGCGGGAUUUAAGGAUGAAGACAUUGUCCCGCUUCUCAAGCUAGAGCAGGAGAGCCCCACCAACCAAAACCGCAACGGCCUUGACAGUGUGACCACCAUAGACUAACAGAAUUGAACGUUUUGCCAGGUUUGACCAGACCAGCUUGCAUUGUUUUUUUUAACCACACUACUGUACACUAGAAUAUAUCACUGGAUGAAAAGAAAGAGUUUAGACAAUGAAAUGUCCAAAACGUGGCCUUGGGGGCCAGAGGGCAGCAUAGCCCUUAAGUUUUCUGUUGCCUUGAAAUGGUUCAUUCUGUGCAGGAACACAUUAGAAAUUAUUAUUAUUUUUUCAAAGGAUAAAGAAGGAAAUAUUGGUGGGAAAUCAAAGAUAACUGAAAUUGAAUUGGCCAAAAACUUUUUGCAUAGAAU